AUGCGCUUUUCCGCCCUUCUCAUCGCCGCCAUGGCUGCCAUCGGCGUUCAAGCAACCUGCGUUGCUUACGCCAACAACGGCAAGAAAUGCACUUUCUACAACCCUGUUCUCAUCCAUGAGUGCCGCCGUGGCCACCGUGAGAUUCUCUGCUGCAGCAGUGUGCAUUGCGAGU